AUGAAACAUACCGUGCCUACGUCUACAAUCACGUCUACUUUAAUGGUGACCGUCACGCCGUAUACUAGCACCUUCAAACAAACCAUAACUGUACCAUAUUCGACAGCAGCUACGUCUGCAGUACCAGAACCGGCAUUCACAACUUCUAAUGAUCCCGUAACAUCCAAUAAUCAGUCUUCCUCACUUAGCGUUGGAGUAAUUGUUGUCAUUGUUUUAGUGUGUCUAUUAGUUGUUGCUAUAGCUAUAGGAUUGGUUGUAUAUUGGAAAAGUUAA